UCUUCUGGAUAGUGCACUCUUCUGGAUCACCUCACAACCAGCGGCAGCCAGUAAUCUUCCUUGUGACAGUGUUGACAUGGUGACUGAGCUGAAGGGUUUUAACGACCAACAAAAGGAGGAGUAUUUCAAAAAGAUCCAUAUCGGACAUGAUGGGAAGGCUGAAGAGGUGAUCUCAUACCUGCACAAGUCAAGAUCCCUCAGUGUCUUGUGCGACAUCCCAGCCUUCUGCCAGAUUUUGUCCAAGAUAGUAAAAAACACAACAAAGCCCUUCAGAAGCUUGACUAGGCUAUUAGGAGACUUCCUGUACCAGCACAUCGACCAGCUGAAAGAAAAAGCAGACACCAAUAAGAAAAGAUACUACUCAACCUGGGGAAGCUUGCAUGGGACCUACUCAAAACGGAUAAAAAAGACUUCAAUGAAAGUGGUCUGAAAGCAUAUGGCAUUGAGCCUCAUGACUACGUUGUUUUCUCUGGGAUAUGCACAGAGUCGGACACACAGAGCAGUCAGGACCCCUACUCGGACGAGCGGAGGUUUCAUUUUUUUGAUCACCACAUCCAAGAGUUUCUUGCAGCUAUGUACGUCAUCUUAUCAUUUGCACGUGACAAGAAGAAUCCAAUUCAGGAACUAACUGGCAAUACAAAAAGGAUGGCAAAGCCAACAUUGUUUGAUGUCCAGAAGUCUGGCUUAAAGAAAGACAGUCUUAACAUUUUUGUAAAACUUUUCUUCGGUCUCUGUGAAAAGUCGAAUCAAGAUCUUAUGAAGACGUUGAUGGGUUGGAUAGCCAAGUCACAGAGCACACCAGUGGAAUGGAAUGAAAAUGGUGAGAAACUAAUCAACCAUAUAUCAAAGACUUUACACGAAGAUCCACCAGAUCAGAGUGCCAAACGCUUAGGAUUUCUCUGUGAACUGAAUGACAAGUCUCUGCUGAAUAAAAUCCAAGAUUACAUCCAACGCAAUUCACCAGAAAAAUUGGAUCAGGACCUGAUCAUAAUGUUGCAGACAAAUGAGGAAAUUCAACAGAAGUUUGAAAUGAAGUACUUUAAGAAAUCAGAUACAGAUGUGACAAAAUUUAUCCCGGUGGUGAAAAUGUCAAAUACAGCAAAGUUGAACCGGUGUAACCUGACUGUAGCCAGCUGUAACAGGCUAGCCCAAUCACUGAAGAAUACUCGCUCCCAUGUCACAGAGAUGGACCUGAGCGAGAAUGAGAUUGGUGAUUCUGGGGUGAAUCACAUUUCCUCAAUGGCGCAGGAUGGGAACUGUAAUAUUGAGCGUUUAAUUUUUGUCUGCUGUGGACUGACAUCUGAGACUUGUGACAGCCUAAACCAAGCUCUGCAAACAAAGGACUCACGUGUCAGAGAACUCGACAUCAGCAACAAUGACCUCGGUGACCAAGGACUGAUCUCCCUCUCCUUGGCCCUGGCUAACGUGAACUGCAAGCUACAGACACUGAGACUUGCCUGCUGUCAGCUCACAUCAACAGCCUGUGAGGAUCUCAACUUAAGUCUGCAGUCAGCUGAUUCAAGUCUGAAACAUCUGGACUUGAGUUUCAAUGACCUUCAGGACUCAGGUGUUCAACAACUUUUUGCUGGUGUAACAAAACUUGAGACCCUGAGACUGGCCUACUGCAACCUUACAGAAGGGAGUGGCCAGUAUAUUGGUGAGCUGCUGCAGUCUCAAACCCUGAAAGAGUUGGAUUUGACCAACAACAACCUGAAGGACUCCGGAGUGGAGCAGCUCCUCUCUAGAGGCUUGGCAAGUGCAGACUGCACACUGGAGAAGUUAAUAUUGAAGAAAUGUGGGAUCACGCUGAAAAAUGAGAGCUGCUCUAAAGUUGUGUCCGCGGCCAUUAAGUCUGAGAAGUGUCACCUGAGAGAGCUGGACCUGAGUUACAAUUAUCUACUGGACUCUGGAGCAAAGGCUGUCAUUGUGGCUGCAGUGGACGCAUCCAACAAGACUGAGAGACUGAGUCUGUCGCUCUGAAGCAUUAAAGAAGAUGGUUGUACAGGUCUGGCUAACGCCCUGAGAAGAAACACAUCCCACAUGAAACAUCUUGACCUGAGAUUCAACCACCCUGGAUAACUGAAUAACUCCAGCAGUGCACUAGAGGGAAUCAGAGGGUGGAGAGUUUCGUUUGAGAAAAGGAGAAGACAGAUGUACGUCUAAAAUGUCAUUGUUUACAGAGAAAAAAAACUUUAUCAACAUGUCUCUUUUUGACACUUUUAUUCAAAAUGACUUACAUUAUAGCAGUAACCACUAGCAGGACACAGUACACAUACAGUAUAUUGUAAGAGCAUCAAUUAUACCGUUAGUAAAAAUAGGCUAAUAGCCUAAUAAAUGAAUA